AUGCGCCUCUUGAACGUGCAUACUCUCGCCUUCGAGGAGUUCCACCGGGCACAGGUCCCUCCUUAUGCCAUUCUGUCACAUAGAUGGAGAGAUGAGGAAGUGGCUUUCAAUGAGAUUCACACUCCAGAAGCCACGACCAAGGCGGGCUACGUGAAGAUCUGGAGGUUCUGCGAGAAGGCUGCGGAGCUUGGCUUUGAGUACGGAUGGGUUGACACGUGCUGCAUCGACAAGACGAACAGCACCGAGUUGUCCGAGGCCAUCAACUCCAUGUUCCGCUGGUAUCAGAAUUCCGCAAUAUGUCUAGCAUAUCUAUUCGACGUCACGGCCGAAGCAUAUCAAGAGUCACCGAGCGCCUCUCUCGCACAGAGCAAGUGGUUCACCAGAGGGUUCACACUCCAGGAACUUCUGGCGCCGGCACAAGUCUACUUCCUGGCUAGCGACUGGACCCCCCUUGGGGAUCGCGAUUCCUUGGCGCUCCUGGUCAGCAACAUGACAGGCAUCAACAAGUGGUACCUCACCCAGCCCAUGGAGGAGACAUCGGCAACCCAAGCGGAUCUGCCCCUGGAAUCCCGCCUGUCUCGUGUCCAAAAGGCCACGUUCGCCGAGAAGAUGAGCUGGGCCGCCCGGCGCCAGACUGAGCGGGAAGAGGACAUGGCGUAUAGUCUGCUGGGUCUCUGCGGCGUGAACAUGCCGCUUCUGUACGGCGAGGGACCGGGGGCCUUUCGGCGCCUUCAGCAGGAGAUGAUACGUCAGCAGUGCGACCCCAGUUUGCUUGCCUGGGAUCUCGUCUUUGACAUACCCGAUGAGCACCCUAUAGCUAAGCUGCUUCACGACCCAUCAUCUCUCUGGCCCCGUCCGUCGACGUUCUUCGGCUGGGAGCACCCGUGGAGCCACCCGACGCAUUGGACCGCGCGGAUGAAAGGCGCGCGUGGUGUGCUGGCGUCGCAUCCGGCCGCCUUUGCCAACUCGGCAAGAUUGAUUCCUUUCGAUGCCAGCCUGGACGACUGGGAGCUGACCGUCAAAGGGCUGGCCCUAGAAUUGCCCACCUCUCAUGACGAACAUCCAUAUGUGAUUCUGCCAUUCCGUAUGUCAGGCAAUCCUUGGCAGCUCAUAGCCGUCCCCUUGAUCAGAAUUGGUCAGGAUCUAUGUGGGAGAGCCGCACUUCCACCCAAGCUGGUGCCCUACGCGACCUGGUUCCGGUGGCAGCCGCGCCGGCUCGUGCUGAGUACCAAGGAUCAUGAGGAGAGCCAUAUCUGGGCCACGCAAUAUAAAUCCCGCCGGGGGAUUGUAUGGAUAUCGCUGCCCGAGAAUCUCGAACUCCUGGACGUCUCCCCGCGCGAAGGCUGGGCUCCCUCCUCCAACACCAUCCAUUUCCCACGACACGGGCCCAUGGAGCGCAAAAUCAAGUUCAGAACGAUGGAUACCAAUGACACCUUUUCGAUAUGUAUCUGGCUUACCUCCGGGGUUUUUCCUUCUUGCCUCCGAGCUGCCACUUCCAUUCGCUAUAGGGUUUCGGCAAAUGAUGCCGAAUUUGUGACAGAUCGCUUCGCCAUCAAGACUACUCGUAAACGGUGGCUUCAGCACCCGGCUUUCUAUCUAGAAAUCGCGGCUCCUCCGCAACGGCACCACAACUCUUCCGGCUUCUCUGCCGCACAAAUCAUCUCCACCGUGCAAGGAAGAUCGUGUGAGGCCUUCGCGGCGGCGAAGCAUGCCGCCAAGGAAGUUCGAGACGGCUUCACAGGUGCAAAUAUGGAGACGACUAUCUGCUUCUGCUAUUACCUCCCCGUCUCAUCGAUGCUGGCCAGUUUCGCCAGACUCCUUGCUCUUCGCCCCAAGACGGCUGGGAACGACCAGUGCUAUUGUCCUGAGAGCGGUGAUCAGUGGGGUCAGUACCUUCCAUGGGACUGGGUGCUGUACGGACCGAAAUGCCUUGCGUGCGUCGACCCAAUCGAAGCGGCAUUUUCGACCGCGGCCUGUUGCGUCUCGAUCCAUUUGGCAUACCGACUGAUACCCUGGACCGCGUAUCUGAUUCCAGUGGCCUCGAGAGUCAUACAUAGGCUCAGGCUCCUGCUGGCUAUCCUCGUAAGCAUACCAGCGAUUCUUUGCGUUAUGUUCACGAGCCAACGGACCCUGCACAUGGGCCUGUCGCUCUCCCUGGCCGCGUAUAUGCCCUCUGUCAUCUUCUUCCACUGGGCCGACAAGCUCCCCUACGUGCUUCCGUACCAGUUCCUCCUGCACAUCUGGACGUAUCGUAAUCACGCGCAAUACCUGGAUCCCGCCUCCAUCGGCGUGGGCAUGCUCGCCACAGUCGUAUGGCUCACCACGCAGGAGGGGCUGGUCAACGUCACGAUGACGCCGCAACACCCUUUCAGUGGUCUCUUGAUUGGGAUGAUGCUGUAUCUGGCUUAUUCUUCGGGGUGUUUACCUUUCGUGUAG